AUGCUUGCUUGGGAACAUCAUUGUGAUUUCCUCUCCUUCAAAGCCUAUGACGAUGGAAAAUCUAAAGUUUUAUUAUGUCUACAUGGAACAAUUCCCAUAACAUAUCUAUCAACAUUAUAUAAUAUUCCGGUUGAUUUUUGGAUUCCCACGGAAUAUCCGAAAGUUCCACCCAUCGCAUUUGUGGUACCAACUUCUAGUAUGUUGGUUAGACCUUCACGUAAUGUUGAUGUUAGUGGAAGAUGUUAUCAUCCUUAUUUACAUCAAUGGAGUACUCAAUCUAAUGAUCCAAAUGCAUCUUCAAAAAAAGUUAUUAAUAGUAGGCCAAGAAGUCUUAGUGGAACUUCAUCAUCAAAUCAACGUUAUAAUAUGAUUCCGUCGACGACAGUAUAUGAUAAAGUUAAAAGUUGUUGUAAUGAAUAUUUAGAAAGAUCCGUACCAGAGUUACAUAGAAUAAUGGCAAUUGAAGAAGAUCUUAGUAAAAGUCAAGAAUUAAUUAGACAAGAGAAAUUUAAUUUAAUUGAAUUAGAAAAAGUUUUAGAUAAUAAACUGAAUUUUGUUAAAAUGAAAAUUACCGAAAUUGAUAAAUUAAUUGAACAAGCCAAGAAUAUUCCGGAAGUUUCGGUUGAUGAUAUUUUAUCGGAAGAUAAUGCAACAGAGGAUGCAAUUUAUUACUUGGGAAAAGCAUUAAGUACAGAAAGGAUAGAUUUAAAUACAUACAUGAAGAGCAUUCGUACACUUGCGAGAGAACAAUUCAUGCAUAGAGCAUUAAUUGGAAAAAUACGAAGACAAACGAUGUUAAAUAAAUCAUAA